CUAGCUUGACCACGCGAUGAAGGUGCAUGUCGAUGUAUCGUGUGGCGUCGGGCGCAAAGACAACAGACUCGUCGUCGAGUGAGCCCUUGGAGUUCUUCGACUCGCAUGGGCGGAGCAUGAACAUGUUUCCUUCAAGAAGAGCUUCAAACGGUAUCCUGUCACUCUCAUCACCCACGCAACCCACCCCCGUGACAUGGUUCGCUCUGUGAGUGCACGUCUGCCUCUUGCCAGCGCCAAUGGCCUGGCUUGGGUCAAGACCGGACGAGCGGGUUUUUUUUGGGCUGGUGGAACCCAUCGUUGACCUCGUUCCUGCCACCGACCAUGCCUCCAGGGCCAUACCAAGCGACCUUGGCUUACCAUUUUCCUGUUACUGCACGCGGUGCGAGGCGGACAAGGCCGGAUACGGUCCGGGGGGCCUUGGCAUGCAUGCUUGUAAGGUGCCGAGUUGCGUGUGGCGCGUGGGAAGACAGCCGCUGUUGGCAGAGAAGAACUCAACUGUUGUUGACCUUCGGGAUGGCAUUGAAAAAUCGCGCACCAUGCUUCCCAAACGUGCCAAGCGUCUGUAAACUGACCUAUGUUUACGGCAUGCGACUGCGAUCGUGUUUACGUAGACUGCUCAGUGCAAGUCACUAUGAAUGGGCCUCGUCGAAGCGGGGCGAGUCUCCCAGCGAGGGCCUGGCAGCGCCUGAUGGCUGUGCGGAGGUUGGGGUGCGGGCCAACUCUCUGACCAGAGUCGCGCCAAUUAGUGUGCCAAAAGGGAGACUGCGGGUGACCAGUUUGGGCCGUCCUGCAGCAACCAGUGCCGAGGGCGAGCUGUGUCCGCAAGACUGCCUGGCGAGCUGCCACCGAACUCUGGCUUGCUGCAGUGCAGCCCACCAGCCAUGUCCGAGAGCGAGCAGAAGCCCCAGGAAGUGGCAACAACGUUCAAGAAGUUGCUCGACAAGGCGCACCAGCUGUUUGCCGGCCUCCGUGACUUGCCGCAGUUUGGCAAGGCCUCGUGGCAGGCGUACUUUCAACGGACCUUUGCCCUGUUCACAAAGGUACGCUCCCGCUGAGGGAAGGGUGUGUAGUCUUCGGGUGGCGGGGGUGUCUCACUGCUUGUCUGGUGCAACGACGGCGGCGGGGGGGCUGGGUGUGGGCGACGAGGGCGACGCAGGUGUGGCAGUACCAGCAGACCCAUCGGGCCGUGCUGGAGGCGGUUGAGCAUGGCGUGGCGCUGCAGCGGUGGCAAAUCGGUGAGCUGGCGUCCAAGAUCGGCCAGCUCUACUACCACUACUACGUGCGGACGUCCGAGGCGUCGUACCUUCUCGAAGCUGCCGUCUUCUACUCUGCCAUUCUUGAGCGCGGCUACUUUGAUUCGUUUGGCGAGUCGCCGCCGGCAGGGCUGGCCGUCAAAAAGCUGCGGUACUGUGCUCGAUUCGCUGUAGUGCUCCUCUUGCUGGACGCGCUCACGCCGCGGAGCCUCGGCUCGCCGACCAAGGGCGGGAGCAGCGGGAGCAGCAAGCGGUCGGCGUAUGGGGUCGAGGCGGUCCGCGACGUGCUCGAGGCCGCCAUCCAGGCCUACGCGGUUGACUAUGAUCCGCCGGACGCUGCCGAGUGGGGUGAGGUCCUUGCCGAGCUCGACGCCUUCAUCGCUGCCCGCAAGAGCCUCUCGCUGACAGAUUCGGAUGAGACGCCGGUGCCGUCGCUGCGGCUUCCAGUGGCGCACUCGGUCUCACCAAGCUCGCUCAUCUCAGACGCGCUGCUUGUCUCGCACGUUUCCUCUGGCAUCAAGUUCUCGGAGCUCACACUCGAGUCGUUCCGCAUUAUGCUCUCGCUCGAAGCCGCGCCACUCGAUGUCGAUGGCGCGCUUUCGUCGCCGGUGGCCAACCCGCACAAGUACGUGUUGUACUCGCCGUCGGUGGCGCAGCUCCUCACGUUUGCCACGUGUGCGCUCAAGGAGAGCUCGUCGAGCGGGGUGCUCUUCCUCUACAUCUUGGGCGAGACGACAGGGGCGGCGCCCAAGCUGAGCGCAGGCGACACCAGCGCUGCGGCUGCGGCUGCAUCUUCCGGCGAUGAGGGCACCGUUGCCAUGACCGAGGAUGCAGCUCGUCAGACAGGUACCUCGCUACUGGCCAGCGCAGGCGUCGCACUUGCGCCACACUCGACCGGCACCCAGACUGCCGAGUGGCGGGACGCGCUCACGCCUGGCGACUUGGCGGUCCUUGCACGACGCCCGCUGUUCUGUGAGAUUGAUGUUGCCGGUGCCAUCGGCUUCCUUGACCUUGUGGACAUGGCAAACGUGUUUGGCUCGCCGGUGGCCGUCGUUGUGGCUGGGGCCCAGCUCCCACCCAACUGGCCAGAGCACCUGGGCUCGCCGCUCUCGCUCUUCCUCACGGAUCCACUGACGGCGUUUAUGGCGUUGACCGGCGUGGCAAGCGUUGCCAAGGAGACGUACGACAUGGCGGCCACGGUUGUGGCCGCCGCCCAGGACACUGUGCUGGCUGUGAUGGAAGAGGCACUCAGCCGCGGGGACCAGGCCGACGAUCUCGAUGCGGCGGCGCUCAUCUUCUUCAGCGGCGACUCGUUCCUGUCCCGCCAUGUUGCGCGACUUGCCUUUUACCUUGCUGUCUGUGCCAUGCACGGCGAGAUCUCCAAGGACCUGGCGAGUAUUGUGCCGCAGAUGAGGCCAAGCCUGCCGGACGCCAUUGUGCGGGCCGAGUCUGUCCUCGAGCACGUCAUCCAGCUUGCAUCGACGCUCUCGGUCACGUUGCAGUUCAACGAUGUGUCAAUGGUUGUUGUGAGCUAGCGAGUGGAGCUCAGGGGUGCAAAUGUCGUGUCAACGGCGUGUAAAAGGGUUUAGCAAGC